UCCCCCAAUAAUUAUUAACUGCGGUAAAUGGAUCAUCGCUUCUUCCUUUUCCUUGAGAAGAAAAAUGGAUCAUCGCUUCUUAGACGUCGGCUGAUUACCAUUUGUCACUCAACAUUUUUUUUAUAAUUUUUUUCCUUCUAAUAAAAUACUACAACUUUGUAUAUAUCUAGCUUCUACUCACUAUUCGAUUCCCGUAGUUGAUGAUGAAAAAUUCGACAUUUUUGUGAUAGAUAUAUAUAAUUAAUAUUAAUAUUAAUUAAAUUAACGAGAAGAGAGAGAGAGAGAGAGAUGGGUGAGCCGGUGUGCGAGAUUUGUAGGGUGGUGAGGGCGGUGGUGUACUGCAAGUCCGACGGCGCGCCGCUGUGCCUGAAGUGCGACGGCUGCGUGCACGCCGCCAACGCCCUCUCGCGCCGCCACCUCCGCUCGCUAAUCUGCGACCGCUGCUUCUCGGAGGCGGCGGUGGUCCGCUGCCUCGACGAGAAGCUCUCCCUCUGCGAGGGCUGCGACAACGGCUGCUUCCCGGCGGCGGACCACCGCCGCGCCAAGCUCAGCUUCUACGGCGGCUGCCCCUCCGUCGCCGAGCUCUCGAAGGUGUGGCCGUUCGCUCUCGAUGCCGGUGAAUUCGGCGGGACCGAAGCGAAUGAGAUUCCGCCGUUUCUGAAGUUCGCUCAAUGGCCGCCGCCGCCGCCCGCGGCGGCGGCGGCGGCGACGGCGGCGCUGACGUGUGAGCUGCAGGCUAAAUUUUCGUUCUUGUACGGCAGGGCAUCUUCAUUUAGCGGGGAUCUCAUCCCUUACCUACCUCAAGAAUCCAGUUUAGAAACGAAUUGCGGAGAAAGUAUCAAAGAUUUAGGGAUUAAUCAAGAGAGUGAGGAUAUAUGUAGUGUUGACAUUGAUGGGAUGCCUUUGAGCUUUGAUAGUAGCUAUGAAAUAUUUGAAAAUCUUCCAAAUAAUCAACCAAGAUUCCACUGCGAUGAUGGAGGAUUAACUGCGUUGUUAAUGGAGAACAACGCCACCUCUGCUGCAGAAUCCAACAUCACUCACAUUGAGAGUGUCAUAGAGGCGUCCACGUCAGCACAGCACGACUGCGUUGCUCAGGUGGGUGGCACGACGAGCUUGAUGCAGGGGAUGAGCUCGGGCGUGCUCAUGAACCCGAGCAUUGGCCUCGGGUUCGCUGCAAACAGGCAAGCCCCCUCGAGCCUGCCCCUGAUCACGGGGGAGAGCAGCGUGUCCGAGUAUCAAGAUUGUGGUUUGUCGCCCCUGUUUUUAACAGGAGACUCGCGGUGGGACUCGAAUUAUGAAGCCAUGAUGAGCACCAGCCCGCAGGCGAGGGACAAGGCGAAGAUGAGGUACAACGAGAAGAAGAAGACACGGACGUUCGGGAAACAGAUAAGGUACGCCUCGCGCAAAGCGAGAGCAGAUACAAGAAAGCGUGUUAAAGGCAGGUUCGUGAAGUCGGGGGAGACUUAUGACUAUGAUCCUGAAGGAGCACUGCAUUUUCAAGACUAAGAACGGAGAUCGGAAGGGAUGACAGGCUGCUGAACCGCGCGCUGCCUGGACCUGUGAGGGAAUUCCUCAUGACUCGAGGGCCUCAAGUUGGAAGAUGGAGUUGGUGUUGAGGCUAUGUGCAUGAGAGAGAGAGAGGGGUCUUCUAUACAGAAAAAAAAAAAAAGGGAUAUGAAGGUUUCUUGCAAGACAUUAUUAUUACAAGAAUAUCAGUAUAGACUGUAUAGUACAAAGAAGUACAUGUGCUGAUAUUUCAAUAAUUUCUUCAAGGUUUUAUGAGAUUGAGAAUAUAUAGAGAGAGAGAUAGAGAAAAAAAAAAAAAUAGGAUCAUUUUUUGGUGAACAUGUCUUUAUGGAAACUAGUUUGCAGAAACCUCCUCAUGCUCUAAGUGAAAAAAAUUGCCAUUUCUUUUGGGACUCCUUGUAAGCGAGAUGAAGCUGUAUUGAAAUUGAGAUAUUUUUUUUAAUGGUAAUUUCUUAGU